CCCGUUUUGCUUCAUCACCAUGCCCGGCAGCUUAGAAGGCCGAUAUAUCAAACUCGAAGGUAAGUCGCUCCAUACCACCUUCGUAUCUAUUUCGUAUCCUCACUCCCUAUCUACAGUUAUCAGCGGACAAGAUUUUCAGGUUCCCUCCGGGCGCGUUCCUGCUGGCAUUUACAUAUCCAUCAAUGUUGACUCGAGGAGACGCUGGAAAUCAGCCACUAGAGUCCUGUCAUCUGAUAGAUCAGUAGUGUGGGGUGAUACCGUGACCCUGUACAGUCCAUGGCGAUUUUCGGAUGCGAGUCGAUGGCUGAUCUUUUGCUUGUAGAUCAUUAGACGCGUCACCCGAAUUAUCAGUGGAGAUCAGGGCGUCCUUCGAGUUCGAUCGGAUGCUUGGCAAUGGAGAAGUCAUCGGAAAACUUGAAAUAUCAUGGGAUGCG